AUGGACCCUAAGCCAGAACACCUUGUCGUCGGAGAUGGAGCGAACGGACGACACGGCCGAGAAGCCAGUCGAGGAGGGAGUGUUGAGAGACGCCGAGGAAGGGAAGUUCGAGUCGAGAGUCAGCAAACGAGAGCGGGGGCAGCGGAUAAAAGCGGACGACGAAAUCGAGGGCAGCGCAGACAAGCACAUAGAGGAACGGCUAAGGCGAGGAUGGACGAGAGAGCAGGGGAUGGAAAUGAGACUCCAAGGAGCAGGCACAAGAGGCACAGCGAGGGUUUAGAAACCGGAAAGCUGCCCGGCCUCGGCGCUGAGUGUAUUUUUCCCGGCCCGCGGGCCAAUCAGCGUGUGCCGGUGCUAAGCGACGCUAGACCCGAUAGAGUAGCAUGA